AUGUCAACCCAAAUGAACUAUGCCGCCCUUAUCAAAGACCAUGUUUUAACCAGCUCUAACUAUGUUGAUUGGAGGAGGAACAUCAAGUUACUCCUAUCUGCGGAAGGUCUAAUGUCUGUCCUGGAUGAAGAUGAGCCUGGAUUCCCUAAUGAGGAGAGCCCUGAUUCUAAGCCUACCUAUAAGUUGUUUCGACAGAAAAACUCUAAGGCAAAACUCCUCGUGUUGAGUUCUCUGAAGAAAACCAUCGCUGAUUUGGUCAAGGAUAUGUACUUGACCAAGGAUAUGAUGGAGGAGUUGAAGGAGAUGUAUGGGAGGGAAGAACGUCAUGCCCAUCAUCAACUGGUGACACUCCUCCAUGGCACGAAGAUGGCUUAA